CGGAACAACUGCCUCAGUGGGUUACAAUGGCACAAUGGCUUCUAGGAGGUCUGCCUUGGCCUCGCAGAAUGAAAUCUCUGGGAACGACCCUCUGCGUGAGCUUUUCGAGGCGUGCAGGAACGGAGACCUGGUGAGGGUGAAGAAGUUGGUGACGCCGCAGAAUGUGAACGCGAGAGACACGGCGGGCAGGAAAUCCUCGCCUCUACAUUUCGCAGCAGGCUUUGGUCGCCGUGAUGUGGUGGAGCAUCUGCUGAAUCUAGGGGCAGCUGUGGGGGCGAGGGAUGAUGGGGGGCUUAUUCCCCUGCACAACGCCUGCUCCUUUGGCCAUGCGGAGGUGGUAUCGCUGCUACUCAAACACGGCGCCGACCCCAAUGCACGAGACAACUGGAAUUACACGCCACUACACGAGGCUGCAUCCAAGUCUAAGUUUGAUGUCUGUAUAGUGCUGCUCCAGAAUGGUGCUGACCACAGCAUCCGUAAUACAGACGGCAAGACGGCCCUGGACCUCGCCGACGCCUACGCUCGCUCGGUGCUCACAGGAGAGUACAAGAAGGAGGAGCUGCUGGAGGCUGCUCGUGCCGGCAGCGAGGACCGCCUGCUGACACUGCUCACUCCACUCAACGUCAACUGCCAUGCCUCGGAUGGCAGGAAGUCCACCCCACUUCACCUGGCAGCUGGCUACAACAGGACUGAGAUUGUCACCAUUCUGUUGCAGCAUGGGGCAGAUGUGCAUGCCAAGGACAAAGGAGGCCUGGUGCCACUACACAAUGCCUGCUCCUACGGCCACUUUGAGGUGACAGAGCUGCUCAUCAAGCACGGUGCCAAUGUCAACGCCAUGGACCUGUGGCAGUUCACGCCCCUGCAUGAGGCCGCCUCCAAGUCAAGGGUCGAGGUGUGCUCACUGCUGCUGGCCCACGGCGCUGACCCAACACUCCUCAACUGCCACUCCAAGUCAGCCAUUGAUGUGGCGCCAUCAAGGGAACUGCAGGAGAGACUCACAUAUGAGUACAAGGGCCACAGCUUACUGGAGGCGUGUCGUCAAGCUGAUGCCGCCAGACUAAAGAAAUUCCUCUCCCCUGAAGUGAUCAACUUUAAGCAUCCAUAUACUGGCAAUACUCCACUUCACUGCGCAGUCUCCUCCACGGGCAGCAAGCGGCGAGGCAUUGUGGAGGCCCUGCUGAGGAAGGGCGCGCCUCUGCAGGAGAAGAACAAGGAGUUCCUGACGCCCCUCCAUGUAUGUGCCGACAAGGGCCACUGUGACAUCAUGGAGCUGCUGCUGAAGCACGGCUCUAAGGUCAAUGCACUGGAUGGCCUCGGACAGACAGCAUUGCACCGGUGUGGGCGGGAGGGGGAUGUGCAGGCAUGUCGGGUGUUGCUACAGUAUGGAGUGGACCCUUCCAUCAUCUCCCUCCAGGGCUACACCGCCACACAGGUCUCCACUGACAGUGUACAGCGGCUGCUUCAUGAAGACCCACCAGGCCCUGGAGUAGACACAGAACAGCAGCUCCUUGAGGCAUCCAAGUCAGGGGACAUUGACUGUGUGCGCCGCAUCCUCACCGCCCAGCCUCACCUUGUCAAUGUGAGGGACCUCGAUGGCCGCCACUCCACCCCACUCCACUUUGCCGCAGGGUACAACCGCGUGCCCAUCGUGGAGUACCUUCUGCAGCACGGGGCGGAUGUGCAUGCCAAGGAUAAGGGUGGCCUGGUUCCCCUGCACAAUGCAUGUUCCUAUGGCCACUAUGAGGUGACGGAGCUACUGGUACGUCAUGGAGCCAGUGUCAAUGUGGCCGACCUGUGGAAGUUCACUCCACUGCACGAGGCAGCUGCCAAGGGGAAGUAUGACAUUGUGAAGCUGCUGCUCAAGCAUGGAGCAGACGUGAACCGCAAGAAUAGAGAUGGCCACACUGCCCUAGACUUGGUGAAGGAGAGCGACCAGGACGUGGCUGACCUGCUGCGGGGCGACGCAGCGCUGCUGGAUGCUGCCAAGAAGGGCAACUUGGCACGGGUACAGAAGCUGCUCAACCCAGACAACAUCAACUGUCGUGACUCACAGGGCCGCAACUCCACCCCACUGCACCUGGCGGCCGGCUACAACAACCUGGAGGUGGCUGAGUACCUCCUGGAGAAUGGUGCUGAUGUCAAUGCUCAAGAUAAGGGAGGACUCAUUCCCUUGCACAACGCCUCAUCCUACGGACACCUGGACAUCGCUGCCCUUCUCAUCAGAUUCCAGACAGCAGUGAAUGCCACGGACCGGUGGGGCUUCACUCCCCUACAUGAGGCAGCUCAGAAGGGCCGCACUCAGCUCUGUGCUCUGCUGCUGGCCCAUGGUGCUGACCCCUACCUUAAGAACCAGGAGGGGCAGACUCCCCUUCACCUUGCCACAGCAGAGGACGUGAGGAGCCUGCUGCAGGAUGCCAUGAUGAGCCAGCCCAGCCUCACGCCAGCCACAGGAGGCAGCGUGCCACCGCCUGUCUCCCCGUCAUCCCCCAAGCCGCCUGGCACGCCCUGCAAGGCUGCCGCUCAGCCCACUGUAUCCCCGGCACCCUCCAUGAUAUCCAUCAACAACAUUGGCGCAGAAGUUGAGACAGUGAUGAUGCCGUCCGGUGCCAGCCUGACCUUCACACCGGUGCUGGGCUCCUCGCCAGGCAUUGGGGACGGCUGCUGUGACCACUCCCGCUGUGAGACGACCCCAGACACGCCUGUCAACAUGAGCAUUGCCUCCUUCCUCAAUAGCCUGGGAUUGGACCACCUGCGGGACAUCUUUGAGCGGGAGGACAUCACGCUGGACAUCCUGGCAGAGAUGGGCCAUGAGGAGCUUAAGACCAUUGGCAUCAAUGCAUAUGGUCACCGCCACAAGCUGCUCAAGGGCGUGGAAAAACUUCUCAUCCAACACAACGGCCUGGUGAGCAGCGGGUGUGGCAGCAGCAACAACAGCAGCGGCUCCUCCCAAGGCACGCUGCUGCUGGACCUGUGUCGGGAGGAUCGGGAGUUCAUCGCGGUAGAGGAGGAAAUGCAGGCCACCAUCAGGGAGCACCGCGACAACGGCCACGCUGGCGGGAUAUUUGCCAAGUACAAUGUUGUCAAGAUCCAGAAGAUCCGCAACAAGCGUCUGUGGGAGCGCUACACACACCGGCGGCGGGAGGUGGCAGAGGAGAGCAAUGGGCAGUCCACUGAGAGGAUGCUCUUCCACGGCUCCCCCUUCAUCUCUGCUAUCGUUCAGAAAGGCUUCGACGAGAGACAUGCCUACAUUGGGGGCAUGUUUGGAGCAGGAAUCUACUUUGCUGAGCACUCGUCCAAGAGCAACCAGUAUGUGUACGGCAUUGGAGGGGGAAGUGGGUGUCCGGUGCACAAAGACAGAUCUUGCUACUCAUGCUACAGACAACUGCUUCUUUGUCGUGUCACUUUGGGCAAGUCCUUCCUCCAGUUCUCAGCAAUGAAGAUGGCCCACGCACCUCCCGGCCACCAUUCUGUUGUGGGGCGGCCCAGUGCUGGCGGCCUCUGCUACCCGGAAUAUGUGGUCUAUAGAGGAGAGCAGGCCUACCCGGAGUACCUCAUCACCUACCAGAUCGUCAAGCCGGAGGAGGCGGGGCCCAAGGAGGACGGCAGCCGAGACAACGAUUGACCAGUGUGGGGUGACUAUUCUCCUGUAGGCCAAACUGAGGGGUAGCUCUGUGGUAGGGAAGCCUGAGUGUUUGGAUCACCACUGUCCAACACCCGCACUCCUUCACUCCUUCAGCCACACCAGCAGCAGGACUCCAGCUGUGGACCCAAGCACACACACACACACACACACACACACACACACAAUGACUUUCCUACUUAAAAUAUACUUCAUUAUAAUUUACCAUCAGCUGGAGUCUCUGGCAUCCAUUGUCGUUUGGGCAGCCAUGCAAUGUUAAGCGCAGCCUCAUUAUUUAUAUCCACACACGGUACUUGUGACAGUUGAUGCCUCAUGAUACAGACAGCAUCCAGUCCCCACAGUGACGUCUGUCUGCAGGUGACCAUGACACACGAUAUCUGCAUACUAGUACUGCAUGCUUCUUCUUUUCCUCCUAGUCACAAAUGCAGCUGGUUCAGUAUAUAGGUUUCUGAUAAGUGUCCAUCUUCCGGAUAAAUUCCUCCACUGUGCUUGACUUGUAAAACUCCUGCAGAGGUAUCUUGCUGCAGAGGACAUGGACAUGGUUGCCUUCAUUCCUUUCCUCCCAGAAAUUGUUUGGUACUGAGCUGUGGUAUCCUUAUGAUCUGUAACUCGGCACAGCAGUGUCAGAACACUUCCAGAGCACCAGUGGCCAGGCAGGUGUGGGUCUCCUGCCUGCCAAGACUUAUACACUUUUGAUACAACGUUGGUCUCUGCGUCAAGACCAGCAAAGACCCAACUGUUGGUGUGAUUGAAGGAAUCCUCAUUACUCCCAUAUAAGUGGUUGUGAUUUUAAUGUGGAGUCUUUAGUAAGUGGCCAGGAAAGUUGGCAUGAUCCUGCUUAGUGUGAAAUGCUCCCAGAUAGUCCAGGCUUGCAUGAGGGUCAGCCGUGCGACUCAGUGACUCUGUUCCUCGUCACGACCUAGGAAUGCGCCGAGCUCUCUGGCACGAGUGUCGACCUCUCUGACCUGUGGUGGGGGCAUCGCUAUUUAAACUUAGUCAUUCCAUGUAGAAAGAAUGUGUGGAAAUUACUGUUUGCAUUACUAUAUUUCCUUAUAUCUCCUAUGAGCUGUUGUAUAUAAGGUUUCAUGUGUUCUUCUAACAUUGCGAGGAAACUAAUCCAGGUGUCAAGUUAGUUUAAGCUUUUCGUCUUGAUGUUUAGAGCUUCAUGCUGAUACCACGAGCAUUGGUUUCUGUCGCUGGUGAGCAGUUGGCUGUGCUGGGACUAAGAUUUAUAUCAUUGAUGUUCAGUGUUUUGAAUGUUUGUCUUCUAAAUUUUUAUUGAGGAUAUGAAAGCAUUUCCAGAUGGAUACUUCUAGUAUUGUGUUUAUUUAGGGUUUCAGAUGGUGUAAUGUUUAUGUUUCUUUCAUGGUCUACUUUUUAUUAAGGAAGAUUUACAUCAGGGAUAUUUAUAAAUGCAGUGAAACCUUGGUAAGUCAAAGCAUAUGUUAGAAAGAGCCUUGGCCAUCCUGACUGACCAAAACUCCUACUUUACACUCAUUCUUUCAAUACCAAAUCAAAUACUGAAUUAUUCCAGGCCUUUAUAUAUGUACAGGUUACUAAUAGCUAAGAAAACAUAAGGAAAUAAGGAGUCUGCAAAUGUUCCACUAACUUAAACAAGGCAGGAAUUAUUGCAGGUCUUUAUACAUGUGCAGUUACUAAUGGCUUAGAAAACAUAAUGAAAUGAGACUGCUAAAGAUCCAUUAAUCCACACAAGACAGCUCCUGAAGAGAGAACAACCUGCCACUUACAGUAAUGCAGGCGAUGACCACAGGCUGAUCAUUAUAACAUUGUCUUUUAUUCAUCUUCACGUUCACGUAUUAUUAUAAGUCGCAACAUUCCAAAUUAUGAUAUAAAGUUUUUUAAGAACAGAACCCUUCAGACUUAUCUAGAUUUCACUGUAUGGCAUCAAAGUAUUGUUAUCUAAAUCGCAAAGGGUGAAAAAUUUUUAAGUAGGAUUUAGAUCUGGUGAAAUUCUUGACUAUAUGCACUGUGUCACCACCUCUGUCAUGGUACUUUAGCCACUUGAGGACACAGAGACAUGGUAAUACUCCCAUUCAUAGAUACUCUCUCUUGCUGAUCAGUCUACCUAUUCCCAUCUUGUUUUGAGACCUGCAGCUGUCUAAUGUUGCAUUAAGAACCCAAGAAGAUAAGCUGCCAGAAACUGUCAGGCCUACAUGUGGCAGUCCCCACAUAAAACUUAUCCACCUUACUCCACCUAUCUGUAAAUUUACCCAGUCUACCCAUACUUAUUAAAGAGGUACCAGAUUAUAAAAAAAAAUAAAAGUAAAUAAAUAAAUAAAUAAAAAAUAAAAUUCUGGCAUCAUAAAAUUAGAUUAUGGUUUUGGUCAGAAUAAAGCAAAUUUGCCACAAGAUUUAAAAUGAAAUGGCAAUAUGAAGACCAAUCAGCAAAUGGUAUUGUUUGUAUGACUGCUUAUCCUCAAAUGACUAAACUGAUAUGACAGAAAGUGGUGAAGCAGAUUAUAGUUAUAUAUAUAUCUUAAGUGUUGAAGAAAUGAAGGAAUGUGAACACAGCAGGACAUUCACAUUCACUGCUUGAGGCCGUUUGAUCAAGUGCUUUGUGACACGACUGGCAUUUUGUGAUGUGCGGUGAAUGUUGCUGCUGGAAUGCCCUCAAGUGUGUAGCAUGUACGUACAUGUUUUCUGAGAAUCUCCGUGUUGAGUGAUGUGUGAGAUGCAGGCCGAGCAGAGGCUGGCUUCAGUGGCCUGUGUCACGCUUGACGUCUGUCCCCGGCACUUCUCCAGGGAAGAGAAGGCCUUGUGGGAAAUUAUGUGUCCAAAAUUAUUAUAGACAUGUUAAAAAAGAGUAUUAACAAAUAGAGUAAUUGCAGCUUUGUUAUUAAAUCAUACUUUAUCCACUGUAAGAUGAAGAAAAUAGCUGACUUAAGAAAGGAUUUAAUUCAUGGCACGAUGUUCAGGGCAUUAAACUUUUGUGGGGUCAAGUAACGAUAUUUAAGUGCAAUAUUAUAUUUUAGUACGUUCAUUCAUAGGCUUACGUAAGAGUUAACAGGAAUGAAACUUUACGCAUUCAUAUAUAUUUUUUUCUCUGAAGCAUCUCGUUGGUGUUCCUCGUCAUCCAGUGAGGCCAAACGUCCCAUGCACAUUCCUUUUUGUUGUAACAAGCACUUCUUGCUCAUCACUCAUGCAGUGGUGUGAGCUCUGGGGAAAUGUCAGCCAGAAAUAUUGGGGGUAACAUUUUCCAGGCUAAAAAAAAAAAACAAGUGGAUGUUAAUAUUUUACUGAAUUCCAUAGUAACUACUUGCAGACUUCACCCAAAGUUAUCUGCUGAGAGGCAGGUUGUAGAGGAUGGCUGUGAGAGGUUCUGCAUCAAUAAAUUAGACUUGAUUUUGAAUGAGGAAGGGAAUUUCUUUGUGUUUUGUGUUGAGUUCUGUAUCCUUAGCUGUGUUGUGUCUUCAAUGCCUGAGGAGGCGAUGCAGUGAAGAGUAAUUCCACACCCGCCAGACUCGGCUUCUCCACAGUGUUGAGGAAAGCAGAAAAAGAGCUCAAAUGCUGUUAAUUAGCAUGGUUCUGGUAUACAGUAUAUAUGUGUAUGUACUACUUUAUUUUGCCUUGAUAAGGUGGUUUGAGUUGUUUGAAUCCAUGUGAUGAUGUACUAUGCUCACUCAUGUUUCAUUGUGUUGUUCAUUAUUGUUCUGUGAUAUAUCCAUUGCAGCAGCGCGUAUCAUGAAUGAGCACACCCCUGCAUGUACUUGUUAAAAAAAAAGGAAUAGUCUUAACUUCACGUUCCACUCGUUCAUUUCUGUACGUACACAUUAAGAAAUACUGGAAGAUUACUGCUUGAAAAAAAGCUGCCAAAAUUUAAAACAGGUUUGAUCCGCCCAUUCGUUUGUAUGAGUAAAGAUUAGGAAUCAUGAGAUAUCCUAUUACCCACUUGCUGCUUGAAUCUGCAAGAGUCCCCAGUCAUGGGAUCAUAUUCUGAAACACUUCUGCACUGCACUUCCAUUACAUUCAAAAGGCUCUAGUUGAAGUUACUCAGGUUUUUAAGGGUGUUUUUGUGAUUCUUGUGACAGAUUAACAACAUUUCUAUAUUGUGAACAGGAGAAACACUCUUGAGAACCUGGCUAAUCAUCUCUGUGGCCUUUGAAAAUGGUUGUGAUGCAAGAGCAGAGCGUUUGAGAGUACAGGCCAUGGGGUGAGGCAGGCCUGGUCCAGCACUCUCUCAGGCUGGCCAGGCGGAGGCACUGGAGGCAGCUCAUGUGUCAGAGGUGUGCCAGAGAGGGAGACAGACCUGCUACCCUUCAGUGUUCAUGUUACAUGGUGCUCUGUUGCUUCAGGAGAGUGUUGCCUGUGUUGCAUCCAGCCAGGCAGGGCACAGAGGGUGUUGGUGUGGGUGGUUCAUCAUGUGUUUGCUCCAUUUGCUCACUUUAGCACCUGCACUAGCUGAGGAAAGGCUUGGUUGCUUCCACUUGGCUGCUUCCACUUGGUUGCUGCCACUUGGUUGCUUCUACUUGGUUGCCCCACUUGAUUGCUGCCACUUGGUUGAUUCCAGCUGGUUGCUUCCACUUGGUUGCCACUACUUGGUUACUUCCACUUGGUUGCCACUACUUGGUUGCCACCACCUGGUUGCUGCUUCAUAGUUGCUACCGUGUGGUUGCUUCCAGCUGGUUGAUUCCACUGGUUGCUGCCCUUGGUUGCCUGCUGGCGUGAGUUGGGAAGUGUUGCUUUGUUGUUGGGUUCCUUGCCCUGCGUGUGGGUCUCACGGAGUGACAGCACCUGUCUGAGGGACCACCACUGCUUGCAUGUUCCUCCAGCCCAUGGUAUCACUUAGAGUUUUUAUAAUCCUUGGUUAUUUAAUACUCUGCUAUCAAAGCAUAAUUCAUGUUUGACUUUCUUUGUACAAAUCUGUGUAAAUAAUUGACUCAUACUUUUUACAUUAUGAUGUACAUAUUAUCUCCAAUAAAAUGUGAACUAUUU